AUGCUCGUUCACGAGGCCUAUAAUGGUUCGGUGGACGUGGCCCAUGAGGUGUGGAUCCAGGUCUUUUCUCAACUGGCCUCAAACAGAGCGGUCCGAGCAUGCCAGUACUUGCUGAAGGAAGUCACGUUGAUUGGCCGUCAAAGUGCCCUCAACCCAAGCGUGCCUCAAACCCUCCUUGCCGGCCUCAAUGAAUGUGAGGGUUGCGAUGGGAUAGACCCUAUCAUACUUAUACAGUGUGCCUGUGAUCACCGCUGCUGGUCUCUGGCAUCCGACGCACUGCAGCAGAUGGCCGUUGGCAAUGAUGAUGCUACCGCGAUGGAAGCUUGGUGGGCUAUCUUGGACCUAUGCCGUCUCACGGGAGAUCCAGAGACGGAGCUAUGGGCUCGCCGAGCAAUGGGUGUAGAAGACGCGGUACUCCAGGCCGACACAUUGCUACUGCAAGGUCACUGGGUUGAUGCCCAGAGUAUGGUGGAAUCUUGGCUCUCUCAACAGCAGCAAUAUCCUGGCCAGACUCGAGUUGACGAUGAGACUGUGAAGGCUGCUACGACGGCUUGGGUGGCAUGCACAAGAGAGCUCAGCUGGUGGAGUGUGAAUGGCAGAGGCGAGGAGUCGUGUAUAUUCGGAGACCGCCCGUUAUUGGAGUUGGAAAUGUCAUCACGAAUUCAAGAUUGGAGGACUAUCCAGGAUAGCGUUAGCAAAUAUGACUGGACUAGCUAUCCACAAAUGAAGCUUUGCUCCGCCUACUUCGCCCAGAGCCAAUAUGAUAAUCUCGCGGGUCCUGAGGGUCAGAAGAGGAAAAGUGAGUUGCUACUCGAUGUGGAACAGACGAGUCAGAGAGUUUGGAACCAGUUGCUCAAUAUGUGGAUUAGCAGUAAGUAG